AUGUCCUCUGUUAACACCGUCGGGCCUCGCCAUGCCUUCGCUGGGCACCCGCUGAGGUUCCACCACGUCGAACCAUGCUCCCACACCUCUGCUCUCCAAUCCCUCCGCAACGUCCUCCUCUCUGGACUUCCCCGCAACGACGGCUGGCCCUCGCUUGAUCACAAGGUCCUGCCCUUUAGGAUGGGCAGGCCCCUGGCCUGCUCCGCUUCCUCCUCCGAAUUGGCUCGUCCAGAUCCCUCACCACCGCAAUGGCGCCUGGGAUGGCUCUCGCCUUCCUAUCUCAGGGAAUUCCCUGCGGAUUUGUUCGUCUACCUUGGCUCGGGGCUGCCGGAGGACAGUGGCACCAUUUACUGGGCGGUCGACGCCACCCACGGCGGGGAGCUCCGGUUUGGUUCUGGCGACGGGUUCAACUUCGUAGAGCUGAGGACGCUGAUGGUCGCCACGGAUUGGGGAAACGACCGCAGCAUGGGAGAAAUGGCGCUCGCGGGCCACGUAAGCGUCGCCCUUCGUCCCCGCGUCCAUCUCGGUCCGCUGCGACGUGCUGCGGUUAAAAUGCGGGAUCAACGGGUGGUCCUUGCAGUGAGCCAUACCCUUGAUUCCUCGUUGGAGGUCAGGGAAUCCCCAAAGUUUUUGACGACCUUGGCUCUGUCUUUUCGUCGUGUAUCCAGGCCAAGGCGCUGUUGGAAUGGCAUGAAUCGUCACGGUUUUGCGGGCAAUGUGGAGCACAAACUGUCACGAUCGACGUCGGCCGAAGGAAACAGUGCACGAGCGACUCCUGCAAGAAGAAAAUAUAUCCCCGGGUCGACCCUGUGAGACGUCUAGAGCGAGGCUUGCUCUUCCUCUUUAUAGUUCCACAUGCCAUUUCGUUCUUUCCUCCUUGCGCAUGCAUAUAUCUAUGUGUUGACAUAUGGUUUCCCUCUCAUGCUCCGAGGAUGGCUUGCCACAGGUUAUCGUUCUGCUGGUCGUUGACAAACGAAAUGACCGUGCACUGCUUAGCCGCCGAUCGAGAUUUGUCCCUCGAAUGUGGAGUUGCCUUGCGGGCUUCAUAGAGGUAUGCGCUCUUGAAGACGGCGUCUCUGCUCCAAAGAGAAAAAAACAAAGGACUGUCUGGGGCUCUGAUGUGCCUUACAGAUCUUCCUCCCAAGAGAUCUUCGUCAACGAAAAAACCGUAUCAUCGGGCAUUAUACAACUUGCGCCAAUAUAAUUAAAUGCUUUAUAUGAUCCUGAUGUGAAUGCUUUAACCAUCGGUAGCUUGUAGUGGAAACUGAUCGGCUCUAAACCCUCCCUUGUCGCCAGCCCGGAGAAAGCUUGGAGGAGGCAGUGAGGAGGGAAACGUGGGAAGUGACUGGCAUUGAGGUGGGACAAGUCAUCUACCACAGUUCUCAGCCAUGGCCCGGUAUGCCUCUUCAUGGUUUUCAUGCGGUUCUUUCCUCUAGGUCAUUCGGUUUCGGGAGACUGUUUUAACCCGAUAAGUUUCACCCCGAUGAACACAGAUCAUCACCCGACUGGUAACACAAUAUAUCGCGCAUCUUCAUGAUUUUUUAUGCGUUCAUAUGUUCUUCGGUCAUUCUUGCACACUGCUUCACAGAGGAAAUUCGUGCCACAGAUGUUGGAUCAAUGUUACGUCAACGUAAAUCUGUAGUCCUGAAAGAUACGGAAUAGGUUGGAGAUGGAAGAGAGUGCAACGAAUUCACAUCCGUAGAAUUCAUGUCAGGAGAUGAAGCGGCAUAACGAGUUUUAAGAGACGAAAAUGUGCCCGGUAUUGGUUGAUGAGCACGAGAGUAAGGGAAGACGUGAAAGGGAAGAUAAGUGGCAUCCUGUUGUACGAAAUAAUCCCCGGUUCAUUCGGGUUAAGUGUUCAGUUUUACUUCGGUGCUUUGAUUCCUUUCCUCUGACCGAAAACUGAGCCACGCUUUGGUACAAUUAUUUGAAGACGCUCCAGUGCCCUCAGUUCAGAGACCAGGGCAGGCAGACUGCAAAUCCGCUCUCGGAUGAGAGUUGUGAGAUCUCUCCGUUUCUUGAGUAGCAUCUAGAAGCUUCUUUAUAAAAUCGCGUGUGAUGUAUCUUUAUAUCUUCAUUUCUAUUUCAUUUCUUUUCGUCCUCAGAAAACCGAUAUACGGUUUUUAUGAACCCAUUGCUCUUUCUUCCGUGGGAUGAUUACGCUGUUCUUUCUCAUUGACUCUACGAUGCUGUCAAUAUCUCUUUCCCAUCGCUGAUUGGCGCUAGUGGGUGAUGUUCAUCAGACUCUUGCCCCUCUCUGUGAAAUUUUCAGUUGGGCCAGGAAGCAUGCCGUGCCAGUUGAUGGUGGGGUUCUUUGCACACGCAAAAUCGCUCGACAUACAGGUCAACAAGGAGGCGUUGGAAGGUAUGUCCUACAUUCUACGACUGCCGAAUGAAAAUCGAGAUGUGGAUUGCGCUUUUAGUCGGGAGUUGGACCACCGGCUUGCCGAGUGAAGGAUCUAUCGUUCGUUAGGGACUUGAAUCGAGAUGUAUCUCCAUGGUUGCAUGGUUCAUGUGGACUCGUAUUCUCUAACUUACCUUUGGUUUCGUAUUUGGUUGCAUCUGAUGCAUUUUCCACGACCACACCACUUUGUAGAUGCCCAGUGGCACAGUAGAGAGGAGGUCGAGAAGGCGCUGACAUUUGCCGAGUACGAGAAAGCGCAGAGAACGGCUGCGGAAAAGGUCAGUCAGAUGUGCAGAGGGGUCGAGAAAGGCACGAGCUUUUCGACGGACUUCAAUGUGGAGAGCGGGGAGCUCGCUCCGAUGUUUAUUCCAGGACCCUUCGCCAUUGCGCAUCAUCUGAUUUCUUCGUGGGUCAAUCAAGGCGCGUCCAUCUGA